AUGCUUGUGCACGAGGACAGCCAGCAGUCCCAGGGGAGCACCAUGACGUUGAUGGAAGAGAGACAAGAGAUCAUCUACUUUGCAUACGGCUCGAACCUCUCCACUCGUCAGAUGCUCAAGCGGUGCCCAUCGUCUACACCUAUCGGCCUGGGCCACCUCCCAGGCUGGAAAUGGAUCAUCAACGAGCGAGGAUACGCCAACAUCGUCCGCGAAACACAGUCGGGUCCAAAAGCACCAGCCUCGUCUGGGGUUUUUGGUCUGUUAUACCUGCUACCGCCACUGGACGAAGACUCCCUCGAUAGGCACGAAGGGGUUCCCUGGGCAUACCAGAAAUUCAAGCUCGACAUGUCCUGGGUCAAGGACGACCAGAAGAACGCGGUGGUCGGGCAGGAUGUGACGGCAUUGGUGUACAUUGAUCAGGAGAGAGUCACCGAGAGCGCUCCAAAGGAGGAGUACAUUGCGAGAAUGCACAUCGGCAUUGAGGAUGCGAUUGAGAACUGGGGGUUGGAUGAGCAGUAUGCCGAGUUCAUGCGGCGGAAGCUGGUGGAGAAGAGCGAAAAUUCUUUAUGA